AUGCCUAUGGAUUUCAAAGAUACCUGGGAUGAGAUGGAAGUCUGUGUGGAUAGUGGAAUGACAAGGGCAAUUCGGGUAUCUAAUUUCUCAAUCGCCAAAAUUGAAAAGCUGAUGAUGACUGUUAGAAUCCUUCCUGCAGUAAAUCAGGUGGAAAUACACCCAUAUUGUAAUCAGAAAAGCCUGAUUACAAGCUGCCGAAGUAAGGGCAUCCUGGUCAUUAGCUACGCAUCGCUCGGUGCUUUGGGCAACCGAUCCGGCACCGACAAAGUGAUUCAGUCGAACUUACUUGCCAAGAUAGCAGCAGACAAGGGGAAGUCUCCAGCACAGGUAGCUCUAAGGUGGGCUUUCCAGCAAUGGAUAUGGUUCCUAGCAAAAGGAUACCAGGAACAUCAUAUGAAAGAAAAUAUUACUAUCUUUGACUGGGAACUCACUGAUGUAGAGCUCAAGGCAAUAAAUGAAUUCCCUCAUGUUCGAGUCUGUAAAGACGGUAGCUAUAUUUUUGUGUAUAGGCCAUUUGCCGGAUUGAAAGAUCCAUCUAUUGUGACUGUGGAUGAGUUCUAUCUUGAGGGAAAUCUUGUAGUUCGACCUGAGCCAACUUCUCCCUCUGUUGUCUUUUGUGUGUGGAAAUCUCUAUUUGGAUCAAUCUCCAUGAGUCCACCGGGUCUAGACUCUGUUGCUGCCAAAUCUUGUUAUUCCUUCCUAGCCAAAUAUUCCAGAUGA